AUGGCCCCGCUCGACCACGAGAGCUUUCCAGACAUAAUGGACUCCAUUAUCCUUUCUGGCGACUGGGAAACAUGGAUCGCGUUGCGCGGGGCUUCAGCAACAUUCAAGACUCGCGUUGACGACCUCCUCCGGCGCCACCUCGUCAUGACACAUCCUGCACCCCGGGGAGCCAACUGGCACCCAGUAAUCAUCACUGGUCGAAGGUGCAACACACGCAUCGCACCCACUGCACCAACAUGGGGACCCGUGGGCUCGUACGCGGACAUUUUGGACGACACAGUUUUCGACCGCGCGCUGACGCACGCGCACGUCGUCGACCUCAAGGGCGCCCUCGACCCCCCACCAGAACUCAUCUUCAAGAUCUGUCCUCGAGUGCUACGCAUCAUGCCCGACAGCAGCGGCGAGUUCUAUCGUGGCGUACGCAGCUUCUCAGCCUUAGCCUACCAUCUCGUGGGCGGGCGUGAAGGCGGGACCCUCGUUGUCUUUGCCGGCGCAUUGAAACCAAAAGGUGACGUCAAUCUGCCGGCGUGGAUGCGCAAAGUCCUAUUCAACCUCCACUUCUGGGAGCAUGAAGACCGUCCGAUGCGCCUUGCCCCCCUCCCAUUCAAUGUGCAGUCGUUCGACCACAUGGACCCUGUUGGCAAGGAGCUGGUCUACAUCUUUCCAGACAACAAGGACGUUCCGCUGCACCUCGUCCGCUCCACGUUAAUGGACCUCAUCCACGGCUGGAACCUCGACCUCACAUACACCGUGGUCAACCUUGAAGGCGUGUGUGGGGGUGAGGACGCGGCGUCUCUCGCGGAACAGGAGAUUCCUCAGCAGUGGAUUAAAGAAAUGUUCUGGCGAGACCGAUAUCGACUGCAGCUCGCCAUGGCCAACGUCUCCUUUGUCACCCGCGCGCAGUACCGGGCAAGACUGGAUCCCGGCGAGUGGGAGCUCGAGACGGAGAUAUAG